GAACACUCUCUUAUAUAUCCACAAAUUUACCAAAAUGCCCCAAUAUAUAUAUAAAUUUUCUCCCUACUGUUCAGUUUUCUUUUCCCAUUCGUCCGGUCACCGGAUUGGAAGAAAGAAGGAGAGGAUUAAAUGUUGCCGCCGCAAUGGGCUCCGCCUUGUGGAAGUGAAUGCACUAAAAAAUACGCCGCUCUUACUCAAAUUCCAUAUGCCUAUACAAUAAUAUCAGAAUGGUUUUUUACUUUGCAUGAUACCAUUUGUAUCCAGGCGUGGUGGAUGUUUCUAGAUUCUAUAGGGAGAGUGUUCUGCAAGAAAGGAUGUGAUACAGACGGUGAAACAUGGGAAGAAUGCUUGUCAGCAUGCAAUGAAAUAUGCUAUAAGGAUCCUGUAUUCAAGGACCGGCAAUGGAGUGCUUAUAUCGACCGGUCUCCCGGAGCUGCCGUUUACUCUGAGGAAUGCUUCCACGCCUGUGUAGCUGGUUGUGGUUAUAAGUUUGAAAUUGAUCCAGAGAAAGUUGGUCAGGUUCGUCCGAAUAGGCCAUGCACAACGCUCCCCUCUGUGAAACCAUCCCCUGUUCAGAAGCCAUCUCUUUUAGCUACUAAAUCUGGUGAACAUACUGAAGAUGUACCUUGCACUUCUGCAUAAUGAGCGUGGAGAAGAAUACAUAGGUAGAAACAGAGAAGAAAUAUAAUGCAACAAACUAAACGACUCACUGUCAGUUUUGUUAGUUAUACCUAUAACCUGAGAAGAUAAGUACUGCUGCUUCACUUUAGAUAUGAAUUGUAAAAUCAAUAGCUUUUUCAUGUACCAGUAUAGGUAGGUUUCAGAAGUAAGCAAUGUACGGAAAUGUAUAAUUGUCUAGUUCAGUUUGACAAGCAGUUACAAUGAUUCUGUUUAUUUUGAUGAAAUAGAUGAAGCUUUUUUUA